UAUGAGAUUUGUUCAUAUCUGCUUAAUUCUAGCUAUUGCAAAUGCAACAAAAUUCUUAGAUGAAACUACAGUUUUUGGAUAGGAAGCAGAAGUUUAAAUUACAUAUGAUCAGUCUACAUCACUAUUUACAGAAGAAUAAUUAGCUUAAAAUACAGAGCUUAGGAUGAAUAAAGAUGAACCCUUUGAUUACUAAUCAGAAUAGAUAUCACCAUUAUAAAGUGUUGAGCAAUAACAAAUUUUAUUAGCUUAUGAAAAGGAUCUCUUACCAUAAGGAGACUGUGUAAUUUUAUAUGCUGAAUGUCAAUUCAAAGGGACAUCAAAACAAGUAUGUAAAGGAGUAGAAGAAGUGAUGAGUUUCUCCCUUCCUGUGUUUUCAAUUUAUGUUCCUGAAUUGUAUUCUAAAAUAUGUAUUAAUAGAUAACAAUUUUCAACAAUUGAUGUUAAUAGCAAUACCUAAGUUACAUUUUUAACUAGUGAUAAAUGUUUAGAUCAACCUAUUGUAAUGGCUGAUUCUCAAUUAGAUUUUUUCAUUGCAAAAUCAAUGUCAAAUUGGAUAGGAGAAAGCGCUGGUAUUAUAUUAUAAAUCUAUUAAAGAAGUAACCUAAUUGAUUUAACAAGAACAGGUAGAAAAUUAAAACACUGCAGUUGAACAAUAAACAGAAUAAGAUGAUUAAUAAGUGUAAGAAUAAUAAGAUGUAAAUGUUGAAUAACAACCUGAUUAAACAUAAGCAGAAUAGUAAGUGGAUUAAUCAUAAACAGAAUAAUAAGUGGAUUAAUCAUAAACAGAAUAAUAAGCUGAUUAAACAUAAGCAGAAUAAUAAGUUGAUUAAACAUAAACAGAUUAAUCAGUUGAUGAAGCAUAAACAGAAUAAUAAGUUGAUUAAACAUAAACAGAAUAACAAGUUGAUUAAUAAUAAGAUUCUUCAGUUUAAGAAUAAUAAACAACAGAGAAUGAAUAACAAUCAGAAUAAUAAAAUGAAGACACUUAAUAAUCAACAGAAUAAAGUAAUCAAUCUGAAAAUUAAGAAACAUAAGAAAAUACAAAUAAUGAAUAAAAUUAGGAAAAUUAAACAUAAUAAACAGAAUAAUCUUAAGAAUAAGUAGAAUAAUAACCAGAAGUAGUUUCAGAAGAUGAGAAAUUAUAAGAAAAAGAAAUGGAAGAAGUUGUUGAAACUGUUACAGAAAUUGUAUAGUAAGUAGAAGAAAAAUAAGAAGUUGAAUUAGAGUCUGAAAAGGAAUAAUUAUAAUAAGAAGAGGAAGCUUAAUAAUAAUAAUAAACUUAAUAAUAAACUGAAUAAUCUGUUGAUGAUAUACCAUAAAAUUAAGAACAAGAAUAAUAAUAUUCCUAAACUGAAACAGCAGAACCACUUGUAGGAUAAUCAUAAUAUACAAAAUGA